AUGGUAUUGAAAAGGCAGAAAGAAAUGUACUUCCAAUUUUAAAUAAUUUAUUGGAAAAUAGAGAAAUGUAUUGGUAUGCUAAAAAAGGAUUGCCACGUAUUGAUUUUGCGGAAGACAGACUCCAUGCAGCGAAAGAAGGCCUGGGAGAUAUAGACAAAAAGUUGA